UCGGCCUUAAGCGCCCGAGUGCGGGGUUUCUGCCCAUCAGCUUGUCGAUGAAGCUGUUUCUAUAGACUUCAUCCGGUAUAUAGGGUUCGCAUCCAACUUCAUGCACAGAAUCCAAGCAGUCCAGUCCAUACCUCAAUCCACUCCACACCAGCCCACCAGCCCAUCAAAAUGAUCGGCAAAAAAGCCCGCGCGAAGAAGAAAUGGCAGAGACACGAGCCCUCCGAGCCAGAACCCCCUCCAGCAGAGCCACUUCAAUCACCAUACCCCCAAUGGGACGAUAUUCCUGAAUACCACCGGCCGGAAAUAAGUCCCUACACCACCAAACCCAUCACCAUCACGAUCGGCACCAACAGCUACACCGUCCCGGAGUACUUCCUGCGCCCUUACCCAGCCUUCGAGCUCAACCAGUGGACCCGCAUCUUCAACCUCUCCGACAUCCACCCCGCCGUCGGCCACACCUUCAUCCACUACCUGUACACGGGGACUUACGAGACCACAAAACCCGAUCCAAACCCAGAACCCGAGAUCCCAUCUCCCCGGGCACUUGAAUUCCACCACGCCGCGCAAACCUACCUCUCCUCGCGCCGCUACGGCCUCGUGGGCCUCACCCAGCUCGCCAAAACCUACAUGCAAGUCUUCGACAUCGACGUGUCCACACUCUACGUGCUCACCGUGGCGAGGGAGAUCUUCUCAUCCCUGCCCCCCGACGAGGUCUGGUUUUGGGGGUAUAUUCGCGAGAAACUGGCGAUUGCGUUCGAGGACGAUGAGGAGGCGUUGAGGGCGGAUAUUGCGAGCUACGGGGUCGGGAGGGAUCCGUUUGAUGCGUUUUUGGUGGGCGCGGUGUUGGAGAUUUAUGCGAGUGCAUUGCCGGGGAAGGUUUUGAAUGGGAAUGGGAUUGGGCAUGGCGAUGUGGAAGAGCAGAGCGAGGCGGAUGUGUCGAAUGAGGGGCGCACGGUUGAGGAUGAUGACGAGGAGGAUGCGGCGUUUGAGUGGGAUUCGGAUCCGGAUCCUGGGGAGCCUGUUCCUGAGGACGGGGAGGAGGUGCAUGCGAUUGCUGGGCCUGUUGCUGUUGCUGUUGGCAGGCCUGACGCUGUGGAUGAGGCCAUUCCGGAAUUGGAUGCUGGUCGAUCACCGGAUCCUGUGGGUGUGUCGCCUUCUCCUCCUCCGCCUGAGUCUCCGCCUCCAGUCGCCGAGGACUAUGAUCCGUGGGAUCACUGGCGGAGCAUCAAUGGGGGGUAUACGGGCCCUGCGACGGGGGUACCUGCGCGCCUGACGACGCUGGUGGAAGAGGCGUCGGAGCCGUCGGUUGAGGUUGAGGUUGAGGGAGAGCCGGUGGCGGUGGACGUGGAAGCGAAGACGAUCCCGGCGGGGGAGUUCGACCUUGGGUUUUGUAGGAAGAAGAAAAAGAAACGGGGGUGGAAGUAUUACGAUAUCGACAUCGCGCCGACAGAAGGACAUCCUGAGCCGGUGAUUGAGGAGCCGCCGCUGGAUAUAGAACCGGUCCCGACGUCGGAGCCUGGCAUACCGCUUCCUGAGCCGGCGGUGCCUGAGACUGCUGUUCCAGCGGAUUCUCCCCCUCCACCGGUGAAUGGGAAUGGAUGGGGUGGGUUUAAGAAUCAGGAGUUCAGGUUCUAUUCGUCUGCGCCGGUGGCGACGGCUGAGUAG